AUGUCUGAUAUUGAUGAAUCGUUCAUACCAUCCCCGCCCUCUGACUUCUAUGAAACGGAGCCAGACGAAGCUCCUCCUCUGCCAGCAGAUGCCCAAGUACCGCUCCGCGCAGUGCGUUAUUCAUCUCGCAAAAGGCGUUGGGCACAGACUUCCAACUGCGCCAGAGGCGUCAGGGAGCCCCUACCAUCUAUCUUCCGCCUCGUGACAUGGAACAUCGACUUCACGGCUCCCGAUAAGAAGAAGCGGCUCCUUGCUGCCCUCUCUCACAUCCAGCAACACGUUCUUGACUGCAGGACCACUAGUGAUCGGCCUGAACCAUGCUGCAUCCUGUUGCAGGAGGUACAUGAGUCGGUUUUCACGCAGAUCCUCAAUGCAGAAUGGGUGCGACGGUGUUUCAUAGUUGUUCCCGCUAGCGUGGACAAGUGGCCAGACAAAGCAAAGUAUGGAAAUGUCACGCUGGUCUCCCGCACAAUUCCCGUAGUCAAUGUCUCGACCAUCACGUUCAGCAAUUCUAAUAUGGAACGCAAUGCCCUAUUCGUUGAUAUUAAACUGAGCGUCCCGGCUCACGAAGACGAACCCCAUCUAUCAGGAGGCAUCGUUACCCUACGCGUUGCAAACACGCAUCUUGAAUCAAUGCCAAAAGGGGCCUCGACACGCCCCAGGCAAUUGGAACUCAUCGCAGCUGCAUUGCGUGGGAGGGAAGUCUUCGGGGGAAUUGUGGCAGGGGAUAUGAAUGCUAUCAGCCCUACCGACGAGACUAUCGUGGAGGCAGCCGGGUUGUAUGAUACCUGGGAAGGUGAUGAUAACGACGAUGAAGGCUUUACCUGGGGAUACCAGCCUCGAGAACGAUUGCCGCCUGGAAGGUUAGACAAGGUGCUCACCACCAGACAAGAGGGCUUCAUUGUGGAUGAGCCAGAGAGGAUAGGAAUUGGUGAGGCGAUUGGGAGGGACAAAUGGGUGAGCGACCACUAUGGGCUGGUGACACGCGUGCACAUCAUGCGGGAAGAUUGA